ACGCCAGGACCUCCAGGGAACCUCCCGCCGCGCGCCCCGUCGUUCUGCGCGGGGAGAGUCCCGGGCCAUCACUCGAGCCGCGUCGAUCUGCGAAGGUCCCCUGGGCCCGAAGCGGGGCGAGAACGCCUGGCUCGCGGUGCAGGAGACGCCGGGACCUCCGGGGAGUCCCCCGCUGCGCGCCCCGCCGUCCACGGCGCGAGGGGGGAGGCUUUAAGCCUGCGCGCGCCGCCGGGCCAGGCGCUGGCGCUGCUGGCGGAGAUGCCCCGCAGGGCCGCGCGGCCGAGCCUCGUGGCCUUCAACACCGCGCUGCACGCCUGCGGGAGCGCCGGGCGCCCGCGCGCCAUGCUGGCCCUGCUCGGCUCCAUGGCCUCCGCCGGCGUGGGCGCCGACGUACAGAGCCUCGGGCUGCUGCUUCCCGCGUGCGAGGGCUCCCCCGAGCUGCUCGGGCGCGGCGCCGCGCUGCUGCGGCGGCUGCCCGCGCCAGUGGCGCUGGCGGCGUGCUGCCGGCGGCCGCGGCCGACGCCUCAGCGCUGUGGCUGCUCGCCGGGGGCCGCGCCUUCGAGGCGCGCGUGGCGCUGCGGGCCGCGGCCGCGCGCGGCCACGCCAGCGGCCGCCUGUCGGCGCGGCUCGCGGCUGCCUGCGGCACGUCCCGGGCGGCCGCCCGCCGCGCCCGCGGGCGGCCCGUCGGCGCGGCCCGCGGCGCGGCCGCGCCGCGGGAGUGCGCGGGCCUGCCGUCGCUGGCGCGCGCGGGUGACAAUGUGCUCAGAGUUCGACGGGCAGUCAAUGCUCUCCGAAGGCUGGGAUUCGCAGGGGAUUCUACACUCGUGGUCCAGGCCAAGAAAGAUCUACAAGCAGCCGAAGCUGAGGAGCAGUCGCGGCGUACUCCAGAUGACAUGCUCCGACGAAGCCUCGAUCGACUCACCCAGAAGACGAAAGAGGUGGACGUCCUCAAGGACAGCGUGGCAGAGACCGAGGGCAAGCUCGACGCCGAGCGGAAGGCCCUUGUCACAGCCACGUCGGAGCCCGCAGCCAUUCAGCACGAAGUCAACUUGGCUCGAGCUGCUGUAUUGGCUUCCACAGGCGCUCCUGCAGCUGCUCCCAACCGUCAGCUGUCGGACUCGGUGCAGCGCCUUGUUGCAGUGGUGGUCUCUUGUGCGACGCCACCCAACGGCGCGGGCAUCGGUUAUCUUCUUUGGAGUUGCUACGACUUGCAGCAGCAGCGGCUGGAGACCGCCAGGCGGGCCCCCCGGUGGGCUCGCCGAAAGGCCUUCACAAUUUCUACAUGCACUGCGAACGGCUGGCCUCGUCUCAAGGAUUACCUGCAGGACGGUGCUGGCGGCUCUCUGCUGGCGGCUUCUCAGGAGGUCCGCCUCUCGGGCGAUGCUCGCCUGCAGGCCAUCUAUCGUGGAGUUGAGAAGGAGUUCGUGCCGCUUUUUCAACCUGCUGACGCGUAUGCGCACGCGGGCAGAGGUCUUUUAGAUCAAGUUGUGUAUUUUAUCGCGGCCGUCUUCGCGCAGCCGCAGUGGAUGCGCGUGAUCGCGCUGAGAGCGGCCGCCUCUGGCCUCGACAUUCUCGCUAUGCGCAAGAGGCGGAACAUGCUCAGACGCGUGCAGAAGACAGGCCAGCUUGCCUGCCGCUUCGCCAAGGCGGCCGUGCCGUCGGCCCUCAUGUAUGGGGCCGCGAUCCUAGCUUUCAAGAACUUGCAGUGGGCCGCGUCCUCGGCCAUCUACGUUCGGACCGACCUCGGCGACGCCUUGGGCCUCAGGAGUUUUCCACCGUCUAGCCCGAGAGCGGACAUGUUCGCAGUAGCGCAGCUGUUGAGAGUCGCGCUGCUCCCGAUCAAGGGCUAG